AGACAGAAUAAACCUUGCCUUCCUCCUGGCCCAGUGCCGCUUCCACUGUUAGGAAACGUCUUAUCUAUCAACACCAAGGAGCCUUGGUUGACUUAUACUGAAUGGGGUGCUGCCUACGGAGACUUGGUUUUCGUGCGACUUCUAGCAGGUCAGGAAGUCGUGGUGGUCAAUUCUCAGCAGAUUGCAGAAGCCUUAAUGGACAAGCGUUCUCGCAUUUACUCCGAUCGACCAUACAUAGCCACACUCGAACCAUUUGGUUGGUCGGUCAACUUUUCAUUAACAGCUUAUGGUGACGAAUGGCGUCUUUGCCGGCGACUCUUCCAGCAAACUUUCCGUCCCGACUCUGCAUUUAAGUUUCGACCAACGCAGAUCAAGCGGGCUCGUGAGAUGAUCGACAACCUAAUUGAUGACCCUCAACAUUAUCAUUCUCACUUCGCAACAUUCUCGUCAUCAGUUGCGAUGUCAGUGGUAUACGGCUACCAGACUGACCCUCGUGGCGAUCCUCUGGUUCGACUCGUAGAAAAUGCAAUGGCUAUUGGCCUUGAGAUGUUAACCCCAGAGAGAGCAACCUUACUUAAAAUCUUCCCCUUCCUGCUGAGGUUACCUGACUGGUGUUGGGGAUCCGCGCUAAAACGCGAUUCUCAAGUUUCGACCCGUCGUAUGACUGAAAUGACGGACCUGCCGUUCCAAUAUGCGCAGGAGCAUAUGGCCGAAAACCUGUCCCUCGGUCAAGUUUCAAUGGUAUCAGACAAUUUGCAGCGGAUGGAGAACUCAGAUCAAGUAUCAAAACCCAUCUUCGAGACUGCUUUAAAGAAAGCAGCUACUACUGCUAUUAUAGGUUCAUAUGAGACGACCACGUCGACCUUGAUGACUUUUGCUCUCGCCAUGGUAUUGUAUCCAGCUGUUCAAAGACGCGCACAAGCGGAGAUCGACUCAGUGGUUGGAGAGGAUCGCUUGCCUACAUUUGAAGACAGAGCCUCGCUACCCUACGUUGAAUCUGUCCUGCGUGAAACUUUGCGAUGGCACCCCAUUUUGCCCAUUGGCACACCACAUGCCACCUCAAGUGACGAUAUAUUCGAUGGCUAUUUCAUUCCAAAAGGAGCAACUGUCAUAUGCAACACGUGGUGCAUUUCACGGGAUGAAAAGCGGUACCCCGAAGCAUCUAGCUUUAUACCAGAAAGGUUCCUGGACGUCAAUAAUGCGCUGACAGACGACGACCCUGCUGAAUAUGUUUUCGGUUUUGGCCGGCGUGGAUGUCCAGGCCGAUAUACCGCUGAUGCCUCUGUGUGGUCCGCUAUUGUUACUAUGUUGGCCACGGUGGAGUUUUCUUCUGCCAAAGAUGACCAGGGAAAAGUGAUCGAAUUCACCCCUAAAUUCACGACGGGACUCACUCAGUACUUGGUUUUCUCGUAUCAUUCCAUCUUCCCGUCACUAACAGUUCCAUCGUUUUAGUUCCCCUAUGGUCUUCCCUUGCAAUAUCUCAGUACGCUCUCGUACCCAUCCAGAACUUGUGGAUGUACCUGGCCAAUCUGUCAAGCAUUGACAACUCUCUUUUGACACUUUUCCGCAAAAUUUUGGCUCCGUUUUGUGUAAUUUGAAAUAUGCGGCAUGUAGCAUUCAACCACCAGCUUGCGCGUGCACGAGACGCAACUGGGACCUAUCGGGUACAGUCUUGUAGGCAGAGCCGAUAGAAGGAAGACAGUGGUUCACUCGUUGGUGGACAUCACACCUGCAAGGAAACCGCGUCGUUAUUACCAUCAACAAGCAAACCGUUCACCUUCGGAUGUUUACUAUGAAUU